AUGUUAUUUGUUAUACUUUAUAAAGUCAUCAAAGUUUUUGGGUAUAUGCUAAUUAUAGUAUAAUUUUAUAAUGGUAGUAUGUAUAAUUGGUAUUCAAAUAAUAUAUUUUCUAUUCUUUAUAGAAUCAAUUUCAUUCUAAUGUAAAUAUUCCUUUGUAAUUAUUUCUUCUCUCAGAUUUUUCACUCAAAAGAAGAAAACAGGAGCUAAUAAAAAUUUGCUAUCAGGACCAUCGAAUUCAGUCUUAUCAGCAUAGUAUUCGCUGUUCUCAGCGUGUAGCAUUUAGGCAUCGAUAAUCUUAACCUUGGCGCUUUAGCGUUUUUCUUCAUCAGAGCUGGAAGCAGCUGA